CUUUCACCUCCUGUCCAAGUGUCCCUAGAAGUGGUGACCAGGGGCGGACUGACCAUUUGGAAAUUCGGGCACUGCCCGAGGGCCCUGGGGUCAGUAGGGGGCCCCAUGAGAUGCCCCUGGUACCUUUUUCAUAGGCUUUUUUGAGUUUGGGGAAGGACACAGGGGACCCAUGCUCCCCUAUUGCCUGGGGGCCCCAUGAGUUGUCGGUCCACCCCUGGUGGUGACAGGAGACAAAAGCACUAAUUAUUCACUUUCAAGUCAUCAUAGAGGACAAGGGGUGCACUCUUUGUGUUGAGAUGAAAAGAAAUUCACCUCCAAAUACGGAAAGGCUUCUUCACAGUUAAAAUGUGG